GGACAUCCCUGUGCCUCGGUAGGAGCGAGCCCAGGACAUCCCUGUGCCUCGGUUUUGACCAACUUUGGUUUUCAUGACAAUGGAAUUUUUCCUCCCCACCAUGGCAAGAAGGAAUCUUUUUCUCAGCCUCCUGCUCUGCUACAGCCUGUUCAGAGCUGCUGAUUCCCACUUGGUCAUUGAGGAGAAGACAGAAUGCAACCUGUCCAGGAGCAGCAAAAUGGACCUGUCAGAUCCCACUCCCAUCUCCAUAGUAGAUUUAACUAGAAAAUCCCAGAAAGUCAGCAGGAAAGAGGCAGAGAACAAGAAAUCAUCCAAGAAAAAUGCCAAACGCAAGAUCUCUCCAAAGCCAAGGCCCCCACCUGCUGCUAACUGUGUGCCAACCUUCAAAACCUGCAAGCCACACUUGAAUUCCUGCUGCCACUACUGUGCUUUGUGCAAAUGCAGAAUCUUCCAGACCAUCUGCCAGUGCCUGAUGUUAAACCCCAGAUGCUAAGCCAAGCCAGAAGCACAGCAAGCCUUCUGUCUUUCAUUAGCUUCUCAAGUGGAUAUUUCAUAAUGCCCUGUGGGCAUAGUAACCAAACAGAGAGCUCUGAAGCUUGAAUUUGCACCUCUUAAAAUUUAAUGGACAGUCUUUAUUAUGGGGUUAAUGUUGCACAAGCUGGGUGUUAUUUCAGGCAGCAGACAGCCAGGGAGAUUUGCACUGAUUAGGCAUUUUUAGCAGAAGAGCUGUGUUUUAUGAUGAAUUCUGGAUUCCUGUGGGUUUGGGGUUUUGUUUGAAGGGUCAUAUUAAUUCCAGUCUGCAGAACUGUCUAACCAGCACCACAAAACCUGCCCCCAUGGCACCCAAAUGGCCUAAAACUAAAACAGGACUGGUUAGGCCAGCGAGGGACUAGAGCUUGGCUUUGCUCCCAGGGGCAUCACCAGCCUUCAGCACAGCCAAAAAUCAGGCUGAAAAUGCAGGGUUUGGGGUUAACUCCAUUUCACAUAUUCAACAAAAAUCAGGACAAGAAUUUAUGUUAGGUUAUUCCACCUGAAAAGAUGGACCCAAGGCUAUAAGGACAUUUUUAGUCAUUCUCAGCUAAGCAUCCACCUUCAGAGGUAUCAGUCAUUCUGCCAUCAGACAGUGCCUCCAGGGGCAUGACAUACAUAUAUACUUGAAAACUAAAUGUAUCUGUGCCUUGGAAUAUAAAAAUCAGACUUUUUUUUCCCCAACCAUACCUAUAAGAAUCAAAUCCUCAGCUCUUCUUCUCCUGGUGCCAAGGACACAGCAUGUAGAGAGCCCAGAACAGGAAGACAUAGCUGGGACUUUGAGGAAGA